GCUGCUCGGCGGAGCCCCCGGAGAUGCGACGCGCCAGCCGAGACUACUCCAAGUACUUGCGCGGCGCCGAAGAACUGGGCGGCGGCGGCCCCCACGAGAGCGCCCCGCCGACGCCCCCGGGCCCAGGCGGGGCGGCCCCGCAGUCCCACCCCGCGCCCGCCGCCUCCAGGACCCUCCUGGCCGCCCUGGCCGUGCUCGGGCUGGGACAGGUCCUCUGCAGCCUCGCCCUCUUCCUCUACUUCCGAGGCCAGAUGGACCCUAACAGAAUAUCAGAAGAAGAUACCCACUGUUUGAGAACCUUCCUGAGGCUUCAAGAGAAUAUAGAUCUGCAAGAAACAACCUUGGUGAAUCAAGAAAGACUGAUGUCUGAAUCAUGCAGAAGGAUGAAACAAGCUUUUCAAGGAGCAAUGCAAAAGGAAGUCCAGCGGAUUAUCAUUGGGAAGGACCAGUCAAGAUCAGAGAAAUCUAUAAUGGGAGCUUCCUGGUUGGAUUUGCCCAAGAUAAACAAACAUGACAAACCACCAUUUGCCCAUCUCAUCAUUGAUGCCAAUAAAAUCCCAGCUGGCACCGGUAAAGUGAACCUUACAUCUUGGCAUCAUGACCAAGGCUGGGCAAAUGUAGUGAAUAUGACAUUCAGUGAUGGAAAAUUAAUAGCGAACCAUGACGGCUUUUACUAUUUGUAUGCCAACGUGUGCUUUAGACACCAUGAAGCUGCGGGGAAUCUAACUGGACAAACUCUACAGUUGAUGGUGUAUGUGAGAAAAACGGAUGUCAAAAGGAAAAACCCCGUGGUCCUGAUGAAGGGAGGGAGUACAAAGAAUUGGUCGGGAGACUCAGAAUUUCAUUUUUAUUCUGUAAAUGUCGGGGGCUUUUUCAAACUGAAAUCUGGUGAAGUAGUAAGUAUCCAGGUAUCACACCCUUCUUUAUUGGAUCGUUCCCCAGAAGGAACUUAUUUCGGGGCCUUUAAAGUAAGGGAUAUUGAUUGAACCUAACUUGUCAGUUUUUCAAAGGGGGAAAAAAUAAUGUUUAUUCAGCUGGAUCAGAAUAAACCUGACCUGAGAGAGAUGGUUAACAGCUUGUGGGGUCCAGUUGUCCACGAAUGAGAAUUUCUCCCAGGCAGCCUUACCCACAGCUCCCCAUACAGUCUUAGGAUUCCUCAGUUUCAAGACUUAAUUCCAGUGCUUUAUUCCCAUCUUAGUUGUGGUGGUCUGGUUUGUGGAUUGGGAUAUUGGCAGCCCAUCCAGAAUGGCAUCUAAACUUUCAGUAGUAAAUGCACAUUAUAAUCCAAAUACAUUUUUGUUUUUGUGCUGGGCAGAAAAUAAUUUCCUUCCAAUCAAAGUGAGCCAUACAUAGACAGUAUGGAAACCAAUGUGGAAUGUUAACUUGCACCCAUUAAAUCAAAGGGAGACAGUGAAACAAAUGUAAAGUACAAUCUAAACAUGUCUACUCAGAGGCAUGUUCCACUGAGUUCAGUGAGGCUUAUUUCCAAAAGUGUAUGUGUCCUGUGUUGAGUUUAAAUAUGUUAACCAAGACUCUGCACUAGCCUACAAGUAGAUAGACAUGCUUAGGAUUCUAGACCCAAUCCACACUAUAUUUAUUUUAUUACAACAGAAAUCCACAAUUUUGAUGGGAGAUUUAGAGGUAUACAUUUUCAAAUUAUGUGUUGUGUGCAACUUCGCAACAUACUCUGAUAGUACUGUUUAAGGAAACAUUGAAUAAGCACUGGCAACCAAAACACCAGUCAGUGUAUUGCUUCCUAGAGAUUGAAUUCAAAGGGAAAUGUUAGAAUCUUUGAUUAGCAAUGCAAUUGUCCUUUUAAAAAUAUUUUUCAUGAUGAAAAUAUUAUCCCCUCCCCCAUUUUUCUGCAGGCAGAAUUGCAUUUUAUGUUUGUUAAAUUUUAUACCUAUGUGCCUUCAAUUAUUUUUAUUUUGUCCUCAUUCCCUGGUUAAGUUGUAUACAGGACUGUAAGUUGUAGGGUUCAAUUUCUCCCUGACUGCUUAUUGGACAUGUUGAGUCCUACUGACAACCUAAUGAAGGUGCCUUUCCUGUUGGGGUGUAAGGGGGCAAAUCCCAUCUGGAUAACCCCCCCCCCCCUUAAUUGGGCUAGUUGACUCCAUGGCAAUGUAACAAUGCUAAUAACACUAUGUAACAAAAUUUGAAAAAAAUCUAUUCCUGGUUUGAAAGUGUUAUUUCCUGUUUCAUUGUGCAGCACUUACUUUGAAAGUAGUUGUUAUACUCCAGAAACUUCAUUUUUGUGGUUGCCACAAACUGGGUUGAGUUGAUUGAGAUUCUACGCAGAUAUUCAUUAAAAACUAUAGAAAAUAGGCUGCCAGAUAUCUCGCCAAAACAAAGUUUUUGCAAUUAAAUACACUUUUUCUAUGAUAGAACCAAUUAGGAAAUGACAUUUAUAACCCAGGAAAAACAAUCAUGUUACAAAGUGUAAUUGAUUCACAUUUCAUUCAUGAUUUUAUUUCAUUAGUUACGUUUAUACCCGGCUUUACCUCCAAUAAUAGUCUCCUCUUUACUGUUUUAUCUUCACACCAACUUUGUGAGGUAUAUGAUUUUUAAAAUUUGAGGUUAUGAGUAAGCAGUUGUGGCUCAUCGGCAUCUUUUGAACUGUAAUUCCUGCAGAACUGUUUGUCUUUGCUUGGGAUGAUGAGACAUAUUGACAAAAAACAUCUUGAGAUUACAUAUGUCACCCAUGGUAUACGUUGGGAACAUUGGGACAAGUCACUAGUGGCAUUGUUCCUUCUAUUGUUCCUAUCAAACCAGGAAUUAACAAAAUGUGGUUUGAACAAGCUGCAACUUUUUAUAUUCAGAUGCAACAGCAAGCUGGAAUUUUCAAAACAAGUAUCUGAAUCUUUAAUUUUCAUUGCUUUAUGAAUGCAGUGUGAAGAAUUUGAAUCUGCACUCCUAAAUACCAUGUAGGCAUAUUCCAGUUAUACCUGGCUUACUCACUAAAUCAGGCUGCUGGUCCAUUUAACUCAGAAAUGUUUAUUCUGCUUGUGGUUUGUCAACGUCUCAGGCAGAAAUGUCAUUCUCAUUCCCACUGCCUCUGCUUUAAAUAGGCAAUGACAGGGAUGGAGCCUGGGAUCUUCUGCAUGCAAAACAUGUGUCCUAGCUUUCAUAUUUGCUCUCUCUCUUUUUGCCUCAUUGAAAGGCUUUUCUGCCUUUUCAUGAAAUUGAUGCACACAAUAUACCCUGUAUUCUGUCCACAGUUUAGAAUAAAUUUCUUGGUCAUCAGUUAAUAAAAUUAUUUGAGGUUAGCAUGGUGUUUUAAGCUGUUGAUUAAGUCCAUCUUUUGAUAGCUUUCUCUCUGUUGAUCUCAAAAGAGAGAUGUAAUUAACAGCUUAAGACAUCGUGCCAAGUUCAUUGCAGAUGGAGGCUGCAAGUCCCGUAUGUUAAGUCUCAAAGCUUACAAUCUGAAAGUGUUCUUCAUAGAUUCUCAGCAUUGUUUCAUUGCCAGAGCAUGCAACUGCAUUGUUUCCAAAAAGAUAAAAUGAAUAUUUUUGUAUUCUGUAAUAUCAAGUUAUAUUUCAGAUGUAAUUUUUAUUUGAAAAGUUCUGUAAUUUAUAAACUGUUUGAUACAAAUAUUUAAAAUUUCACUGUAUGUAUAUUUAAUGUUUGAAAAUUGUUUGUACAGAUAUGGAUUACUACUGCACUUUCUUAAUCCCAGUGGGGGAAAAACAGCAGCUAUAAUGACCAUUUGCCACUAGCAAAUGUGAUAUAUUUCUUUGUAUUUUCUUAAUUUAAUAGCUUUUGGUUGAUCUUAUCAGUGUUACUGAGGAGUCAGGGAUCAUAUACAUUAUCAGAUGACAACUGUUGAUAAUUUCAGGUGCUUUUCACUUCUAAGCUUUACUCCAGAAGUCACUUGUUCUAGAGCAGUGGUUCUCAACCUGUGGGUCCCCAGGUGUUUUAGCCUACAACUCCCUGAAAUCCCAGCCAGUUUACCAGCUGUUAGUAUUUCUGGGAGUUGAAAGCCAAAACAUCUGGGGACCCACAGAUUGAGAAGCACUGUUCUAGGACAUUCUUUCCUAAGUCAGUGUAUAAAGCUCCCCCCAAAAAAUCACGAGUAUCUGGCAUGUGAAAGAAUGGUCUACAGGCCGCAAUACAGAUCUUCAAGAUGUGGCUUUGGAAGGAAAUUAACCAAAUGUAGCUGGUAUUGUGAAAAAAUAUGCAAGGGACCAAAGAGAUUUGUUAUGAGUAUUUAUGCAAUUAUUCAACAGACAUUUUAUCAUACUAUAAAUGUUGCAAAUCUGUAAGUGCUCUUAUAAAUUUCUGCAAAACAACCUCUUCUCAACAAAUACUUACAGACCCAUGUUACAAUUAUUUUAUACUGUACAAUAGGCAUUGCUUUUGAACAUUAUGAGUUUUU